GCAUCAUCGUCGGAGCCAUCGUCAAUCGGCAACGCGACAACUUCCAUCAAUCCCCGGCGCUUGCCAUCGAAAUGAAUGGCGCCAGAAGCUUGACAGCUUGAGCCGUCGCCCAUAUACAGCCCUCACUCGCUUUCAUCCCGGAAUCGCCGCGCGCAACAUGGCUAAGGACACGAAGCGCAAAGCGACCGAUGAGCCGACCUCUCCCACGGCGGCGAAGCGCGUCAAGGUCGACGAGUCAGUCGAGCCCGAGAAGAAGCCCCUCAAGGUUCCGGCAAUCCCCUUUCCGGAAAAGCCAGCCGUAAUCGAAGAGCGCAAUGGCGAGAUCGAGUUCCGAGUGGUCAACAACGACAACGAGCGCGAGAGUCUUAUUAUCCUUACCGGCCUGAAAUGUAUCUUCCAGAAGCAGCUCCCGAAAAUGCCCAAGGACUACAUUGCGCGCCUCGUGUACGACCGAACCCAUUUGUCGAUAGCCAUUGUGAAGAAGCCUUUGGAAGUGGUAGGAGGCAUCACGUACCGGCCGUUCAAGGGCCGCAAGUUUGCCGAAAUCGUAUUCUGCGCCAUCUCUUCGGAUCAACAAGUCAAAGGCUACGGCGCGCAUUUGAUGUCUCAUCUUAAAGAUUAUGUGAAGGCGACCUCGGAUGUGAUGCACUUCCUGACCUACGCUGAUAACUAUGCUAUUGGCUAUUUUAAGAAACAAGGGUUUACGAAGGAAAUCACGCUCGACAAGUCAAUAUGGAUGGGUUAUAUCAAGGACUAUGAAGGGGGUACCAUCAUGCAGUGCACCAUGCUGCCGCGCAUCCGGUACUUGGAGAUGGGUCGCAUGCUACUCAAGCAAAAAGAAUGUGUCCAGGCUAAGAUUCGGGCCUACUCAAAGUCGCACAUCAUUCACCAGCCACCAAAGCAAUGGCAGAAGAACGGCGUUGCCCCGAUAGACCCCUUGUCGAUAGAAGCCAUCCGCGCCAGCGGUUGGUCUCCCGACAUGGACGAACUUGCCCGCCAGCCCCGUCACGGUCCGAACUACAACCAGCUUUUGCAUCUCCUCAACGAUCUCCAGAACCACCAGUCUGCCUGGCCGUUUUUGAUGCCCGUCAAUAGAGAUGAGGUGGCAGAUUACUACGACGUGAUCAAGGAGCCGAUGGACCUCUCGACAAUGGAGACCAAGCUCGAGGCCGACCAGUACGCCACGCCGGAGGACUUCAUCAAGGACGCCAAGCUGGUGUUUGACAACUGCAGGAAAUACAACAACGAGACGACCCCGUAUGCCAAGUGCGCGAACAAGCUGGAGAAGUUCAUGUGGGCGCAGAUCCGUGCUAUCCCGGAGUGGUCACAUCUCGAGUCUUAGUUGGGCGCGAAGCCACAGAAGCAGCAAAAGCCAAAGCGUGGGAGGGGUCGCCCACCGACAAGGCUUAGUUCGAGGAACAGUACUGUUGCAGCUCGGGCAGCGUCGGCAUCGGCAUCUUCACAGCAGCAGCAGCAGCAGCAGCAGCAAGAGGGUCAGCAGCAACAGCCGGAGCAACAGCCGGAGCAACAGCCACCUCGAGAGAGCCGUCUGCCCAAAGAUGUCGACGGAGAUGUCACAAUGUACGAUGCAAGUCUGAAGGCGUUGGAGCUCAGUAAUGCGGAUGAGAAGCAAGGGGAGCAGCAGUCAACGGUGUAGGAUACCAAGCGUCGCUCUACGCGUCAACGGAAAGUUGCCAGGAGAUAGGCGUCUUGAGCAAAUCAGUGACCCAUUUAUCAGCAUUAUUUAAGGAGCUUGGGGGUUCAGGGUUGUGUUAUGUCUUUGGCGUUUUAUUUGCUGGGUGGUUGGGGCAGGAUAUCUAUUUCUUUUUUGUGCGGUUAUCAGGGUCAGGCUUUGGGCAGGUAUAGGGUGGCAAAUGUGUGUGUAUGUAUGUCUGGAGAAUUUUGUUUUGGUAAGGGCACAUGGUAUUGAGAUGCUAUGAAUUGUCUUUGUUUUGCGAGGUGUUAUCUGCUCUAGUUGUUUGUUUAUAGGAAACACAUCAAGAUAAAUAUGUACAGUGCAACACCCAAGCUGGGGGGGUUAUUUCUGUCCCGUCUCCCAACUGCGUGCCGGGAAGGAGAUGGACAA